UGCAUCGACAAUGCCGAUUGUGUGCGGGACAACUCGCGAAAACCUCGUGCGACAUUCACCUGCACGUGCAAAGAAGGUUUCUACACGUCUGAUGAUAAAACAUGUGAAGCCCUGAUCAAUGCAACGCUUCCCUGCACAUCUAUUGGACAGUGCAUUUCGGGGGCUGAGUGUCUGGGAGUAGAAGGGAAUCAGUCAUGUCAGUGUCACGAGGAAUUCUACCAAGAAGAUGGUCAGUGUUUUCACUUGAAAAAUGCCAGUCAGCCAUGUUCCAAUAAAGGCCAGUGCAUACCUGCUGCGGAAUGUGUUGGGCAUUCCCCUUCCGUCAACGGAUCCUGCACUUGCAACACAGGGUUCUAUCAGGACGGGCCAGACUGCAGAAAGCUGAUUAACGCAACAUUGGCUUGCAUCGACACAUACCAGUGCAUCGCCGGAGCCAGGUGCACCGAGAAAAAUGGCAAACGCAGGUGUGAAUGUGAGAAGGAAUUCUAUGAGGAUGAGAUGCUGUGCAAACCGCUUGUCAAUGCCAGCAGCCCUUGUUUCAGACCUGGCCAGUGCAUAGAAGGGGCCGAGUGUCUCAGUGAUGAACCGGACCCCACCAGUAUGGUUUGUAGAUGUUCCUCAGAUUACUAUGAAGAUUUUAACAAUCUCUGUCAAGAACUGAUCAAUGCAAGCAGGCCUUGCGAUGGGGACUUCCAGUGCAUCAAAGGAUCUCAGUGUAAGGAAAUUGCCCCCAGUGUAAAAAACUGUAUGUGCCAGGAAGGAUUUUAUUUUGAAGACAAUUUCAACAAAUGCCAACUGCUGAUUAAUGCCAGCAGCCCGUGCACUGAUGUGGGUCAGUGUGUCUUUGGUGCAGAAUGUGCCAGAAAUCAGACCUCCGGAAACAUGAACUGUGCCUGCCAGAUUGGAUUCUAUGAAGACCCGAGAGAUGACCUGUGUAAAGUUUUGAAAAACGUCUCAUCCCCUUGUGAGUGGUCCUCGCAAUGCGUGGUUGGGGCACAGUGUGUAAACGUCAGCGGCACGCCAGUUUGUUCUUGUUUGGAUGACAUCUACUACUCCGAUGACAGCAUAUGCAAGGUACGCAUCAACGCCACGUUGCCUUGCCUGGAAGACAGACAGUGCACCAGAGGAGCCGCUUGCUCAGAUAUCAGCCCAGUGCAGGACGGCUCAAAUUUAACCUGCCAGUGUCUGCCUGGACUCUACUUGGAUCUGUUUUCAUGUCACCCAUUAAAGAACGCCACAAGACCCUGCUCAUCAAAAGGACAGUGCAUCGAAGGCGCAGAGUGUUUGGGCCUAACUGGCAAUCAAACUUGUGUUUGUUUGGACAAUUUUUACCAAGAUGGUCUUAAGUGCGAGCCGCUGAAGAAUGCAACAUCUCCUUGUUUGGACAGUCGGGAGUGCAUCAAGGAAGCCGAAUGCAAGACUGAGCCAUUUACAAUGAAAUCGAUUUGUUUGUGUAAGAAAGGUUUCUAUGAAGAGGACACAGCGUGUAAGGUGGUUAUCAAUGCUACCUUACCCUGCACUGAGUUGGGACAGUGUAUAGAUGGCGCUGAGUGUCAGGCCACUUCAGGCGGGAUGGCCUGUCAGUGCCUCGACUCUCACUACACAGAUGGACUCGACUGCCUGCCGUUGAAAAAUGCCUCCAGAGAAUGCACGGCGGACGGUCAGUGUAUCGUUGGGGCUGCCUGCGUCGAGCCACCCUCAAACGCGAGCUCGGGCAGCAUGCUGUGUCUGUGCCUGGACGGCUUCUACCAAAAAGGAGACGUUUGCAACAAGCUCAUCAAUGCCACAGAGUCGUGUGAGCAGGGUGAUGCGUGUGUGGUGGGGGCUGUUUGUGGUCACAAAAACACAUCCAGUCCUGUCCUCCAGGGCCAGGCGGGAAGCUGCGUGUGCACCAAAGAGUUCUACAGAGAGGGAAAGAUCUGCCUGCCCUUAAAAAACGCAUCGGAAGAGUGUUUGUUUGAUCACCAGUGUGUCAAGGGUGCUAAGUGUCUGCGUCCUUUUGAUGCUCAGACGUGUACAUGUGUUGGAGAGUACUUCCAGUAUGAUAAUAUAUGCAAGCGUUAUGUCAAUGCGUCAGACCCAUGUGACUUCAAAGAUAAAUGUGUCAAAAAUGCUGUGUGCACGGCGAAUCUGUUAGGAGAUUUAUUUUGUGGAUGCUUGGCUGAAUACUACGAGGAGAACCAGAAAUGUGUGAAAAGGAUAGACACCGGACUGCCCUGUGAACGGAACGGGACGUGCACAAUUGGAGCAGAAUGUGAUGUCAACAUGAAAUGCACCUGCACCGGAGAGUUCUACCCAGUUGGUGCGGGCUGCAUACCCUUGAUCAAUGCCUCUCAGCCCUGCGACGUCACUGAGCACUGCGUGGACAACGCACUGUGCGCAGGCAGGCCGGCCCUCUGCGAGUGCAAGAAGGAAUUUUUCGAGACCAAUGGCAAAUGUAAACAGAGCAUCGAUGCCGGUGACGUGUGUCCAAAAGUCGGCACCUGCACAUCCAAUGCAGAGUGCAAUGUAACGGGGAAGGGCGUGUGCGAGUGCCUGGAGGGAUUC